ACGGUGUAAUGUUUGCGCGUCAGGACUGGUGCCUCAACCUUCAACCUGCACAGGGAGUUAACAACACUUCCCGGACAUAAACCAGCUCCGUGCACACUCCCUGCAGAGAUAUGUAGAACAAUACGCACUCCUACUUUAAAUGUUUUGUGAAGCAGCUUGCAGACAGGCUCGGUAACAUGUCUCUCUAUGCGGCUGUAAUUGGAAGCACUGCUCUCGGGAUUAUGUCAGCUGUUUGUGAGGAGACAGAAGUGAGCAUGUAUCUUCUUCAAGUAUAGGAAGAACAUCAUAGCAGACAAACACAAUGGAUAAUCGACGCAAGAAGAAGCUGACAUACGCCACCAUCGGGCUCAUAUUUCUUCUAAGCGGUGUGGAAUAUGCUGUAAUCUUGCCCACAAUAUGGAGGUACUUGCAGACUUUGGAUGCAGCACCGUACUUCCUGGGUCUGGCCCUGUCUGCAUUCAGCUUCAGUGGCCUCCUGUCAGGUCCGCUGUUCGGUCACUUGUCUGACAAAACACGGACCACCAAAAAGAUCAUCUUGUUUGCCAAUUUAUUUGAGAUAAUUGGUAAUUUCAUGUACUUUAUGGGCUUCUCCAAGUGGCUGUUACUGUCAAGCAGACUGGUGGCAGGUAUUGGCACAGGUGCUGGCUCAUCUAUCUUCGGCUUCCUGACCAGAAGCACGGCCCCUGAGGACCGCGCCACUGCAUUUGCUGCUGUCAUGGCAUGCCGACAAGCUGGCCUUCUUAUUGGUCCAGCAUUUAACAUCUUCCUGAGGCUGUGUGAUUUCCGCCUUGGUCCUUUUGUGGUCAAUAAAUAUACUGCGCCUGGGUUGUUCAUGUGCCUGCUCUGGACUCUUCUUCAAGUGGCAGUGAUCUUCAUGUACUGGGACCUACCACAACUAGAGAAGGGGAAGGUCAGGGAGAACUCGACAAGCCAGAGGAGGGAAGAGGAGGAGGAGAUCGAGGGUGGGCCUGUGGAAGAGGACAAUGAGGAGGAAAAGCCGCUAAUGUGCUCCCAGGAGCUGGGGGGGUCCUACGGCUCAUUGGUCACAUCGAGCCAGACCAGGAUCGACAGCUCUGCUGCUUCACAUGCCACGCUGGAUCGUAUCUCUCCACCUCCCUCUCCCGUGCCACCAGAGCCCCAAGAGUCCUCCAGCCCCUUUAAGAAUUUCAGCAUUUCUCGAGAGUUCCUGAGAGAAGAGGUGGUCGUGCUGCUGGCUGCUCAGUUCAUCACCCUCUUCAAUCAGACAGCGCUGGAGACCAUGGUGACCCCGAUGACCCAGAAGUACUUUGGCUACGGGGAGCUGGAGAACAGCGUGAUGUACUGUCUCUGCGGUGUGGAGGUGAUCGCUGGCUUCCUGUUUGUGCGCUGGCUGAGUCAGCGUUUUGCUGAGCGAGUGGUGCUGGCCAUCGGUCUGGCCAUCUGCAACAUCUCUGGUGUCUGGUGCCUCAUCUUCCUUGCUAACCCACUAGGUGGUUUCCCUUGGCAGCUCACUGAGUUCAUCAUUGGGGUGUUUCUGCAGGUUUGGGGUUUACCAUUUGUAGCUGUGGCUCAGGUGUCCCUCUUCUCCAAAGUUACUGCUGAGAAAACACAAGGUUUCAGUCAGGGAGUGCGGCGCUCAGUGGGCGGUCUCGCUACCAUCCUGGGCCCUCUGUGGGCUGGCGGUCUUACGGAGAACUUGUACAUCAUGAUGGGGGUGAUGAUGGCGCUGCUGGCACUUCUAACGAUGAUGCUGGCUUUCUCAUAUGACCGGCUGGUUGCUCCUGCUGUGGAGGAGCAAGUAGACGACUCCGACAACUGAGACUAGUCCAGCCAACGGUGGAAGCAGUAAAGUGGAUAUGGAAGGGAGUCUCUGUCCUGCACCCGCCAGUCCCUCCACAGUUUCACUUUCUGCACUGGAACCAGCGCUCGGGGUGGUAACACACACACCAACAGCACACACCUCACCACCUCCUGAGGGCCAACCUAAACCUGGACUGGUCAGCUUUGUGUGCAGAGGCUGAUCUAAGUACUGAUUUGUACAUUUCCCAUGGAAAUAUGGAAAUCCUGCUGACACCGCGUGUGCAAGCUAUGGAUGAAAAUCGUUUCCGUCUUUUUGUGUUCUGCAUUGAGUUCUUACUACACUUGGUGCAUCUGACAUUGAUGAACAGGCCAAAUAGUUGUGGAUGUAGCUGAAAAACAAGCUUGUUCUUGAUACUUGAAGAGCCAUCUUCUAGAAAAACAAGCAUCCAAAAGAAUGGGUGAAAUUAUCAAAAGUUUUUAUGUGUAUGAAGUCCGUUUUGGCAGGUUGAAAACCAAGCUUUUGUCUCUUCGAAAGUAAAAUGAUCAAAAUGUAGACCAACAUAUUCUUUGCGCAUCAGAAGAAUUUUGACUUUUAUUUCUUUAUUCAGAUAUAUGAAGAUGAUAUAAUGAAGGUUCCUCCUUGAACACAUCAAGAUAUUUUGCAAAACUGUAUGUUUUAUUCAAGUUGUAUUCAUUCAUUUAAAAACUGAAUUAUGUGUUUUGCUAACUAUUUUUACUGUGGCCUCUACCAUGUGUUGGGCCUAGGGCUGGGCGAUAUGGACCAAAAGUCAUUUCCCGAUAUAUUCAGGCUGAAUAUCGAAAUACGAUAUAUAUCCUGAUAUUUUUAUCACAAAGUGAGAGCAAAUGUUCAGUCAAAGUCAAAUAUGACAUGUCACAAGUAGUUUUAUUGAAACUGUUCAUUUAAGUGAACAUAAAUACUGUAUAACAACAGGAGAACCUUUUUAAAGAAAAAAAAUAAUCAAAGCUCCAUAAAGUGCACAUUGAAAUGUAAAAAAAAAUUAAAUAAAAGCCGCAGCUUGCCUGGAGCAAGGAUCACAGUGCAAUUUUGAUCUAUAUAUGGGAUAUGGUCUGAUUCCAUAUCACAUUUGAAAAAUAUAUCGGUAUAUCUUUUAUAUUGAUAUAUCGCCCAGCCCUAGUUGGGCCUGAAAAUACUAUCACGAAAGAAUGGAAAUAAUGUAGGUUUUAACUGUUUCUCAUUGUCAAAAUACUGUUUCAAAGGCAUUUAAAGCUCACAGAGAUCAAAUUCUCAGGGAAACACUAAAUACAGUCUGUCAAACACUGAUUAGAGUUGGUUAUUUAAAAAUUUUAAUAUUCCUGGCAUAAAGGCUGCUUUAAAAAAAGCCAAGCAGAACUUGUGUAAUUGUUUGAUGCUGAUGUAGUACAUAUUUUAAACACUAGUGGGCGCUCUUAAUCUUUCUACUGAAGCAUAUCCCCGCUGUUCCUGAUGACCUUAAUGCUUGUAGUGUGAUCUCAGCCGGUCAUAUAGUGCAAAAUAACAAAUGCACAUUAUGGGAAAAACGGCUCUGUUGGGAACUUUUUUGUAUAAAAAUAGUCUUGUAGUUGUUUUAGCCUCCAGUACUGAAAACACACACCAAUCAAUGUUUUUUUUUUUUUGUACCCAAAGGCUUUCCAUCAUGUGUUCUACCUCUUGAUAAUUUGUGUAGGUUUUAUAUUCACAAACACCAAAAUACAUAAUUUACUACAAGACUAUUUAUUUCUUAUUUAUUAUACAUUUAUUUAUUAGAUAAUUUGUUGGCCCCUAACAUGUAUUUUCAUUUUUUUUGUAUUCCUUGUCUCUAUACAGAAAAUAGAAACCUCCACCAUA